AUACACAGAGACAGAGAGAGAGAGAGAGGAUGGAAGCCGAUCGGACGGCUCUCGUCUUCGUCUACGGCACCCUCAAGCGCGGCUUCCCCAACCACUCCCUCCUCGACGACCUCAUCCGCGACGGCGACGCCACCUUCGUCGCCGCCGGCCGGACUGCCAGCCCAUUCCCCCUCGUCAUCGGCCCCCUCUCCAUCCCCUUCCUCAUCCGCCUCCCUGGCUCCGGCCGCCGCGUCUCUGGCGAGAUCUACACCCUCUCCCCCCGCGGCCUCGCCCGCGUCGACGACCUCGAGGGCACCCACCGCGGCCACUACGAGCGCCUCGCACUCGCCGUCGUCCCCGUCACCUCGGGACGUGAUGGUGCCGAGGCCGACAACGAGGAGGCGGCGGCGGCGGGAGCCGUGGAGGCGGAGGCCUACUUCGCUCACCGGAGCUACGCGGACGACAUGUGGCGGCGGAACGGGGAGAGGGGGCUCGGCUCCUACUCGGAGGAGGACGCGAGGGGGUUUGUGAGGCCAAAGGAUCGGCUGCCGGACACCACAUUCCUGGGUGAGGUUCGACGAUUUCUCGCCUCUCCGAAUUAGAUCGAUUCACAUCUUGUACCCAAAUCACUACAGAUUACAACUGCCCUUCUCGUGUUCUUGAUUCUGUUAUGGUACUCGAUGGAAUAAUAAAUCAGCGUUC